GGCGUGGACUCGGGCAGCUGCCGCCAUCCCGCUGGCGAGGAGGAGAGAGAGGCCCGCCCGCUUGCCGGUCGGGCCAGUGUGGGCUAGUGCGUGAGGGCGCGGGGGGCCGUGUCAGCGAGACGCAGAGCGCAGCCGCCACCAACAAACGGACAUGUUGGAGCCCAGGGCCGCCGCCGCCUCUUUUUCCUUAUCCUCCGAACGGGACUGAGAGGGGGCCCGCCACCCCGCCGCCUCUGCCUCGGCCGCCCGCCCCGCCGCCUCGGCCGCAGCCUCUUCCUGCCCGGCCUCCAGCUCCGCAGCACAUCGCCUCCGCCGGCCCCUCAGGCCCGGCCGGUUCCCCGGCCCCGCUCCGCCGCGGCGCGAGGUCUAUGUGACCGGCGGGCCCGGAGCAGCCGCCGCCGCAGCGCGAACAUGGACGCCGUCAACGCCUUCAACCAAGAGCUCUUUUCACUUAUGGAUAUGAAGCCUCCCAUCUCUCGAGCCAAGAUGAUUCUCAUCACGAAAGCUGCUAUUAAAGCUAUUAAGCUUUAUAAGCAUGUAGUUCAAAUAGUGGAAAAGUUCAUCAAAAAGUGUAAACCAGAAUACAAGGUUCCGGGAUUAUAUGUAAUCGACUCAAUUGUGAGACAGUCUCGUCAUCAGUUUGGAACUGAUAAAGAUGUUUUUGGGCCAAGAUUCUCUAAAAACAUAACUGCCACAUUCCAAUAUUUGUAUCUUUGUCCAUCUGAAGAUAAGAGUAAAAUAGUUCGUGUGCUGAACCUUUGGCAAAAAAAUGGAGUAUUCAAAAUUGAAAUCAUUCAACCGCUUUUGGACAUGGCAGCAGGAACCAGUAAUGCCGCCCCAGUAACAGAAAAUGUUACUAAUAAUGAAGGUUCACCUCCACCUCCAGUUAAAGUUUCUUCUGAACCCUCACAAGCCACUACAAACUCCAUACCAACUGUACCACAGUUGCCCAGCUCUGAUGCUUUUGCUGCUGUGGCCCAACUGUUUCAGACAACUCAAGGUCAACAGCAGAUCCUUCAGACUUUUCAACAGCCUCCAAAACCACAGUCUCCCGCCAUUGACAAUGCUGUGAUGGCUCAGGUUCAGGCUAUCACAGCUCAGUUAAAGACAGCUCCUACACAACCACCUGAACAAAAAGCUGCUUUCCCCCAACCUGAACAAAAAACUGCAUUUGACAAGAAGCUACUUGAUAGAUUUGAUUACGACGAUGAGCCGGAAGCUGUGGAAGAAUCGAAGAAGGAAGAUGCUGCGGCCGCUGCUGCCGCCGCCGCCGCUGCUGCGACCGCCGCUGCCGCCGCCGCCGCCACCACAGCACCUGCUGCUGCUGUUGCGCCCCCUGCAUCUGCUGCUGCUGUACCUUCUGUUGCUGCGACUGCUGCUUCUCCUCCACAGGCACCCUUUGGAUUUCCUGGAGAUGGCAUGCAGCAACCAGCAUAUACCCAGCACCAAAACAUGGAUCAGUUUCAACCUCGAAUGAUGGCAAUACAGCAGGAUCCAGUGCACCAUCAGGUUCCACUUCCUCCUAAUGGACAGAUGCCAGGAUUUGGCCUUCUUCCUACACCUCCAUUUCCUCCCAUGGCUCAGUCUGUGAUUCCUCCAACUCCACCCGUGCAGCAGCCUUUCCAAACUUCCUUUCAGGCACAAAGUGAACCACUUACACAAAAGGCACAUCAGGAAAUGGAAGUAGAACAACCUUGUAUUCAAGAGGUUAAGCGGCACAUGUCCGAUAACAGAAAGUCAAGAUCUAGAUCAGCAUCCAGGUCACCAAAAAGGAGACGAUCUCGAUCUGGUUCUAGAACUCGAAGGUCUCGUCAUCGACGUUCUCGAUCUCGGUCCAGAGAUAGACGCCGACAUUCUCCUAGAUCUCGAUCCCAAGAAAGAAGGGAUCGGGAAAAAGAAAGAGAGCGCCGACAAAAAGGCCUUCCUCAAAUCAAACCAGAAACUGCUAGUGUUUGUAGUACUACACUCUGGGUGGGACAGCUGGACAAAAGGACUACUCAGCAGGAUGUUGCCAGUCUCUUAGAAGAGUUUGGUCCAAUUGAAUCAAUUAAUAUGAUUCCUCCCAGAGGUUGUGCCUAUAUUGUUAUGGUUCAUAGGCAAGAUGCUAACCGUGCCCUGCAGAAACUGAGCCGAGGAAACUAUAAAGUGAACCAGAAAUCCAUAAAGAUUGCCUGGGCCUUAAACAAAGGAAUAAAGGCAGAUUAUAAGCAGUAUUGGGAUGUAGAACUUGGUGUUACUUAUAUUCCGUGGGACAAAGUCAAGCCUGAAGAACUGGAGAGUUUUUGUGAAGGAGGAAUGUUGGACAGUGAUACACUUAAUCCAGAUUGGAAGGGAAUUCCCAAAAAGCAUGAAAAUGAAGUUGCUCAAAAUGGAGGGGCAGAAACCUCACACACAGAACCAGUAUCACCCAUACCUAAGCCUUUACCUGUGCCUGUCCCUCCUAUUCCUGUUCCUGCACCUAUAACAGUACCACCUCCACAGGUCCCACCACAUCAGCCGGGACCUCCUGUAGUUGGUGCUCUCCAGCCACCCACUUUCACGCCUCCUUUGGGAAUUCCCCCUCCAGGCUUUGGUCCUGGUGUUCCUCCUCCUCCACCUCCUCCACCAUUUCUGCGCCCAGGAUUCAACCCAAUGCAUUUACCACCAGGUUUUCUUCCUCCUGGACCCCCACCUCCUAUAACUCCACCAGUAUCCAUUCCUCCUCCUCACACUCCACCAAUAAACAUCCCAAACUCUACUAUCGCUGGUAUAAAUGAAGACACUACAAAAGACUUAUCUAUUGGAAAUCCCAUUCCAACAGUGGUGUCUGGGGCUAGAGGAAACGCCGAGUCUGGUGACAGUGUGAAAAUGUAUGGUUCUGCUGUGCCACCUGCUGCACCCACGAAUCUGCCCACCCCUCCUGUAACCCAGCCUGUUUCACUUCUUGGUACUCAAGGAGUAAUUGGGCUCCAAGCCCCAUCCACUGGUCUUCUUGGUGCCCGACCUGGCCUGAUCCCACUCCAGCGCCCGCCAGGAAUGCCUCCACCUCACCUGCCACGCUUUCCUCUGAUGCCGCCUCGCCCCAUGCCUCCGCAUAUGAUGCAUAGAGGUCCGCCACCAGGCCCCGGGGGCUUCGGGAUGCCUCCGCCUCAUGGAAUGAAAGGUCCCUUUCCUCCCCACGGCCCCUUUGUCCGGCCUGGUGGAGUGCCAGGGCUCGGGGGCCCAGGGCCAGGCCCAGGGGGUCCCGAGGACAGAGAUGGAAGGCAGCCGCAGCAGCAGCAGCAGCAGCCGCCGCCGGCACCGCAGGCGCAGCAACAGCCGCCGACGCAGCCACCGCAGCCGGCGCCGACGCAGCCACAGCCGUUUAGAAACGAUAACAGGCAGCAGUUCACUUCAGGUAGAGACCAAGAAAGGUUUGGAAGAAGAUCUUUUGGAAAUAGGGUGGAAAAUGACCGGGAACGGUAUGGGAACCGUAAUGAUGAUAGAGAGAAUAGUAAUCGUGAAAGGAGAGAGUGGGGAAGAAGGAGCCCUGACCGGGACAGGCACAGAGACUUGGAAGAGAGGAAUAGACGCUCUAGUGGGCAUCGAGACAGAGAGAGAGAUUCUAGAGAUAGAGAGUCUCGUAGAGAGAAGGAGGAAAACCGAGGCAAGGAGAAGCCUGAGGUGACAGACAGGGCAGGCGGUAACAAAACCGUUGAACCUCCCAUUAGCCAAGUGGGAAAUGUAGACACUGUUUCAGAACUUGAUAAGGGGGAGUCUGAGUCUGCAGUUGUAAAACCUUCUGAAGAGUUACCUGCUGAGGCUACCUCAUCCGUUGAACCUGAAAAGGAUUCUGGCUCAGCAGCCGAGGCUCCUCGUUAGAGACUGGAAUUUGUCCACAUGUGACAGUGACACUUCCUGGAGUGUAGAGCUUGAAGUGUACAGAUGCUGUAUUAUACUUGCUCCUGCUAUAUCACAGCCCCGCAGUAGUUGGUGGGGAAUUGUAAGCAAUUUGAUUGCUUCCCUUCUAUUUAAAAAUAGCCACAAAAUAACAAAAAAUACUGAAAAUAUGAAUAAAUAUUACCCUUUUUGCUGUAACUUUUUAAAAGUUUUGACUUUAAAAAGUUUACAAAUCGUAAUUAGAAGUGCUCUCUAUUUUUUUUUUUUAAUUUAAGACAAGGUAACGGUGAAAGCUCCUCAAAAACAAUAGGGAUGUUUUUAAUAAACUCUAUUUUCGUAACAAACUUUAAUGUGUGCUAUUCUUCCUACACUGCAUUAAGGUGGAAAAGGAUUGUUCACCAUCAAAGUUUGAGCUGUUAAUACUGUGUUGGAGUCUAAAUUAGACUUGUAUAUUUGAUGGAAAUAGACAUCUUUAUGUAGUUAGUCUCAAACACUUCAUUUGUAAUAUUUUUUAUUUUUAGCAUUUCAAUCAUAAGGCAAAGGUUAGUGGUUUUAAUGUUAACUGAAAAGCUUGUUUUGGAAUUCAGUCAAGGUCUUCUUUUUUUGCCAUUGACUUUGUGGUAAAUGUUGCCCUAAAUAAUUAAUUGUAAAAAAAUUUUUUCGCUGGGGGAAAAACUGGACCCCAACAUUACCCGUUGUACUAUAAAUUAUCUGAUUGCCUGGGUAUUACUUAUUUAGAAAGAAGGUUGGGUGUUUUUCUUAACCAUCCCAUGAAAUUUUUCAAAAGGGUGAAAGAAAUCAAGGUUAGUAUUUGCAACCUAAGAGCUUAUGGUCUUACCUGUUUAAGGACUUAAAUGCAACCUAUUGUUUCUACAAGCCUCGCCUGUUGCCUUUCUUUACCAUUUUUUAAAGUCCCCUGCUGGGCAGAGGUAAACUGAACUUUUUGCCACUUACAAAGUACUUUCUCUCUUUUCCUUAAAAUUGUUGGGUUAACUAGGAAAAAUAGUCGUAGGUUAUCCAAGAGCUAUUACAUGAACACAUCCAAAGCCAAAUCAAACCUAUACCUGAAAUAGUAAAGAAAAGCAGUUACAUAAAGCUGCUUACCUAGUGCCAAGGAAAAGACCGUUAACAUAAUCCUAGUACUUUCGGCCUUGAAGCUUUUUUCUUCUUAAAUCACAUUUUUAAACUGUCAUUGUUUCAGUGUGCGUAAGAUAACUUUUUUCUUUACCCUCAUACCCAGGCGAGAAGCUGCUUUAUUACUUUGGUUUUGAGUUUUCUGCAGCAAGACCUUUGUUUGUUUUGAUGGGGGGAAAAUGUAUUUAUCUAGGGCAGUGUUCUUGAGUCCCUGCCUUUGGAAAGUAAGAGAAAAUCCGGUUUCAUAUAUGCAGAUUUGAGUUAUAAAAUUUAUCCUGUUUGUUUUAUGUUGGCCCACUGAGAAGUUUAAAAGUCCCAGCUGAAACUGCUUUUGGAAAUAAAAAUACACCUGACUGAUUAGUGUUCAGAUUUCAAGGACUCGCAGCCCUGUAUUUCCAAUUGAAAGUAUUAAGGGUCACCCUAUUUGCACGUGACAAAACCCCGAAAGUACCAAGUGGUAGUAAUUACACUUGAGGCUUUAAAGGACACAAGCAAGUCCUGUAUUUGAGUCUUAUCCCAUUUAUGUAACAAAACUGUACAUUAUGAAAUCUGUUUGUUAGUGUUUGUUUUUAAAUUCCCUACCUGAUGGUAGUUGUAACCAUUAUUGUGAGCAUACUGUUAUCACCAAUUUAAAACUUUGAAAACACACACAGACUACAAAUUCUUACUCUAAAUUAGCUUUUCCUCUCCUAAGUGACCUUCGCUUGAUAAAGUCCAUCAUAUAAUUUACGACCAACCAAAACUGUUGCUUAUCUGGCUUCCCUAUCAGAAGUAAUAUUAUAACCCACCGUCAAACCUGAGUUAGAUUAACACUUAAAAGCAUUCUCUUACAGGUACAUAUUUCCAUUAAGAGAAACAGACUUGAAUUCACUAACUGGGUGUGUCAGUUCUUGUAUUUAAACAAACAGAACCCACAAUCAAACAUUUCUUUGCUUCCACCUUACAGUGGCAUAAUGUAUUUCUUUAAGGAGCUUAUCUGAAAGCAGAUUGUGCCAACCUCUACUUUUAUUAUAAACUAAACGUUCACAGUUCUACAAAAAUGCAGUAUGUGCUAUUUGACAGGUAGGUAAGUCUUCUCAGCUACCUGAAGCUCUAACUAACUUGCCAUUCACAAUUUCACUGAAAGUUAUCAAAGGGCUCUCUUAAACUGUAACAUCUACUUUUUAAAAUAAAGGUACCACUUUAAUUUCCCUAAAGCUAACAAAGGAUAGCCUAUUUGUCUGAGAUUAAAGUUCAGCUUAGUCUUAGCUAAAUGUACCAGUUGCUAACAUUUUAAACAUUCUGAUCUCAUUUAGAACAAACACUUUCAAAAAAGAGCUCUAUGGAAGUUAAUACCCGUCAACAUAUUACUAAAUCUGUUCCAUUCAAGCUCUGUGUAUGAGUAUCAGAGCUAAUUUAGAAUUUCAACUUAGAUACUUUAAUAGGCUCAAAAUACAGUAGUGCCACAGAGAAUGUUUAUUGCAGGCUUGAGAACUGAAGAAAUUCAGACAAAUAAUAUCCAUAUGUGACUAAGUUUGGCAAAAUACAGAGACCACUGAAACAAGACACUUUGAGUAUGAGUCUUAUAAAAUUAUACAAAUCUUCAAGUGAUCAUGAAUCAGUUCUUAUUACAGGUACUUAAAGCAAUUAAAAGUCACACAAAAUACACUUUUAAGGUUACGGUGUUUAAUGUUUCUCUAAAUUUCUACAACUAGCAAGAUAACAUAUGCGUUACUAGGACUCAAGACCACCUCCUAGGGAAUGUUUAUUGGGCGAUCCCAAUUACACCACAGGCCAAACGACUUCCAGCGUUUCCUGUCUUUGUACUUUCUUCAUUUCCACCUCUGCCCAAGUCAUCUGGUUUUUCAUGGACCUUUAAAAAAUUUUAAGAACACAUUAACUUAGGGCUAUCAAGCAAUUACCGUAUCUUCUCAACAAUACCCAAAAGACUUUUAAGAACCAUUUAAUACUAGAAAAUAACAUGUUAAAAUAAUUUUACUAGGAGGAAAGUAUACUAAUAUGUAAUCUAAUAGUAAAAAAGUAGAAACUACUCCUCAAAGCUUUUUCUUGAUAAAGCAAAGAAAUAGUUACCCUCAAACACUAGGUAAGCAGUGCUAUCUCUAAAUGAAAUACAAAAAACCCACACAAUUAGGUUACACGGCUGCCACAUGCUGAAUCCAACAUGAGAAAUUCUAGUAAUCUCAGUUACAGUAGUCAUUCUUUUAUUGUAUAAAUUGCUUUGGGGGGAAAAAAAGUAAACAACAAAAAAGAACAUCAAAAUCAUGCCUAAUUACGGACCCAUAAACAAGAGGUAAUCCUAAAAAUAUCUUGACGUAUUCGAGCAGUAGUAUUUUAAAUUUUGCUCAUCAAACACUGAUACGUGAUUUUUCUGCUUCACAACUACAGGUGAAGAAAAUUCUAAGAAUAAAAGGGUCAACUGAAAGGAGGUGUCUCCUGAAUGUUAACUGUCCUCUGGGGCAGGCAAAAGGGAGCCUAUCCUAGGUGGUGUUCUGUAUGAACCAGACGCAGCUCUACGUAACUUGGGGCAACUGCUUCCCACGUAUUAAAUAAGUGGUGAUAACCUGCAGACAUGAAUGAGUAUUAGUACUGAGGUCCAUCCGAUUUCAGACUUAAGACGCUCUGGUUAACUACAAGGGGAAAACCCAGUAGUGGCAAGAAAGUCUGGCCAUUUAAAAACUAGAUGAAGACCACUCCUGUUUCUGUAACACAGAUCUAAUUAAUACGAUCUAAUGUAAUCUACUUUAUUACCGCAUCUUAGCAAAACAGUGUUCUUAACUGACCUAGAUCAUUAAUUAUUCUUCACUGUAAUCAUCCAAUAAAAUAAUUGCUUUUCCUAAUCUGAACUAAAAGUACAAUUUAUAUGGAUCCUUAGAAACCAGGACUAAUAAUCAUGAAAUCAUGAAAACAUAUGUGACCAUGUGUUAGAAGUAAUUUUAUGCAUAUUCUUAUUAUAUGAACACUUACCACCAUUGUGCGGCCAAUGAUGGAAUGGUCUCCACAGAGUGAGAUUACGGAAUCUUCAAUACACACUUCGGCCACACCAUUCUGGUCAGCCUUCACAUUGCCCAGGUCUCCAACAUGCCUAACGUUGAAAAAGCGUUAGAGGGAUCAGGACUGGUUUCUAUUUAACUUUACUUCAUGAGCUAAAUUAAAAAUGGACUGAGUCAGAUAUGUAAGGGUGGGCUAAGAGGUGGAUAUAGUCUGUAUCAAAUGGAACCCACUUUUCCAGACUGACAAAACCCUGAAAAACAUGUAAGUUUAAAAACAAGUAACUAGAUGUUCUAGACACACAGCUCUUCAAACACAGGCUUCAAGUCUAUAAAGCAAUGCUCUGGGAAGAGUGGUAGGAUGGGGUGCACCUCUAAUUUCACAGGUAAAGGACCAAAGGGUAAACUCUUAAGUUACUGAGUUACGCCUGUUACUUCCUGGCAUGGCAGAGCUAUGCCCCUAGGCCUCUGAUAUAAAAAUAAAUUAAUCCUUGUCCUUAAAUUUAAUAUUUUCCUGAAAGGCUCUCAGAAAACAAACACAAAUGGGAGUCUCACUGAAUUUUCAAUAUCAAAUUUUUACCUACAAACCUUCCAGUGUUUCACAAUGGUUUAUUUUGCUAGUGGUUGACAGUACUGUUAUUCAUGACAUUUCCUGUAUUAGAUCCCUUUGACACUUGUAUGAGCUCUAUAUUCAAUAAAUG